GGCAACUAAAAACUCUACAAAGUUUGAGGUUGAAAUACAAUUUGAGCUUGACAUUCACCAGUCUAUGAAUCAAUAUGUACGUGUCGUUGCUGAAGAACGUUUGUCUAAUUAUCGGUUGUUGUUUGGUGUUAACCACUAAAGCUGCAAAACUGAAAAGAAAUGAAGUGCAGCCCAGAAUUAUUGGAGGUCAUGUAGCCUUGGAGAAUUAUCCCUUCGUUGCAUCUCUGCUGGCGGACACAGUUUUUGGACGUUUUCACACUUGUGGUGGUUCCAUAAUAAACGAACGUACAAUUGUGACGGCAGCCCAUUGUUUGUAUUACACAACGGCUUCCAAAGUUAAGGUACAUGUGGGAGAAAAAUCUCGGACGGUGAAUGAGGGAGAAGUUUACGAUGUUGAGGCCGUUUAUUUUCAUGAAAAAUGGACCAGUGUUACGCAAGACUACGAUGUGGGUUUGGUGAGAAUCGUGGGUUCCUUUACUUUUGGCGAACAUGUACAACCCAUUAAAUUGGCCGGACCUAGAGAGAAAAUAAGGGAUGGCAGCUAUGCUACUGUCUUGGGCUGGGGCUUUACAGAUCUAAACGAACAAAGAGCAGCCGAAAAUCUAAUGGUGGGUCAUGUACCUAUAGUGAAACAAACAACUUGCAAUCGUCAAAUGGGUGGCCUGGUAACUAAGCGCAUGAUUUGUGCUGGCUUUAAAAAUGGUGGUGUCGACGCAUGUCAAAUGGAUUCCGGCGGUCCUUUGGUGGCCGACAAGAAACUUAUCGGUAUUGUUUCCUGGGGCGUUAGCUGUGCUCAACCCAAUAAACCUGGUGUUUAUGCUCGAGUAUCGGAAUUAUUACCCUGGAUUGAGAAUAUUUUAUUUAAGCAUUACAAUGAAGUUCUGUAAAUAGCUGCAAUUGAGACAAUGGUAAUAAAAUAAAAAAAAAUAGUUGAAUGUAAA